UUCAGGGACUCAAAAUCAACAAAUUACCCUUCAUUUGAUUCCCCUUUUCAAUCUUUCCGUACACCCUCUUUGUUUUCCUUAUGGCUUCUAUUCCUCAAUUCUACUCCGAGUAUUCAUUUUCCAAUGAUUUCUCUCAGUUUCAAAAUCCAUUGUUAAUUCCCCAACAAAACUGCAUUGAUGCUGCAAUUCCUACUUCUGUAACAUGUGGUGAAGAAAUAAUAAGUUUCCCCAUGUUUUUCGACAACGGUGGACUUGAUGUUUUCCAACAACAACCUAAUCUUACAUCUUCAGUCCCAACAGCAUUAUUGCCUGACAACAACUCGGUUGUUGCUUGUGGCAUUGAUGGUAGAUGUCGAUUGCAAGAUGUCUGUGAUGAGUUUGGAGAUGAAUGCAAUGCAUUUGUUCAUCAGGAUUUCAAGCCAGUUGAACCAGCCAUGACACAAAUCUCGGGAAUUCAAGGCAAGCUAAUGCUACCGGCUAUGGAGGACAACAAUCAAAAGGUUGUUCGGUAUUCAGUAGAAGAAAGGAAAGACAGAAUUCUUAGGUACUUGAAGAAGAGAAAUCAAAGAAAUUUUAACAAGACAAUUAAGUAUGCUUGCCGGAAAUCCCUAGCUGACAGAAGGGUUAGAGUUCGGGGAAGAUUUGCAAGGAACAAUACUGAACUAUGUGAACAAGAAAUGGUAAUGAGAAAGGAAGAUGGGAAUUCACUCAUUGAUAAAAACUUGAAUUAUUGUGAUGCAGUCCAGACCAAGCAGGAUGAGGAUGAGUGGCUACAAGAGUCUAUGGCAAAUCUUAUCUAUUUACCAUAUGUUGCUAGUUAAUAUUUAUGUUAAAGCUUAUGUUAUUCAGACUAUUCAUUUUUUUUGUAAAGUACCCAUAUCUUCGGAUAUAGGUCUGAGAGAAGUAUGAUCUUCCGAUAUAAAGAAAAUUUUUUUAAAA